AUGUCAUUGACUACAUUGAUUUCAUGGGUUCCAAUGGUACCAUUGGCAAUUGAAAGACUACUAAAUUCAUUAAUUGGUGACAGAAGACCACGUGACCAUGAUCGACUAGAUAAUGAGGAUAGACAACAACUAGAACACAACUUGAGAGAACAAGUAGAGAGAAAUAAUGCUCUAGCGGUUCAAAAUCAACAAUUAUCUGAACAAUUAGUAAAAAAGGAACGAAAGAAGAUAAACGAUGCUCUCACUUCUCAAAUUCAACAAUUUGUCAAACCAAUAAAUGCGAAUGAGGAAGAAGUAAACACAAGAAAUGAUCGUCAGACUUAUCAAAAUCAACGAUCGUUUGAACAAAUUCAGACGAAUACUGAAUUAGCUACUGAAAAUAUGGAAUUACAAAAACAAUUAGAGAAUUAUCAAAAAGAACAUGAAGAAGAACUGAAAGAGAUGAAUAAACUUAUGAAAGAUUUAAAAGAAAAGAAAUUGGAUUCUUUCGAAGCUAUUGAAAAAAAUGAUAAAAGAGCAAAAGAAGCUCUUAUUCAAUUAGCAAGAAAAGCUAAACCAAUAGGAAUGGAAGGUAAUAAUGUUGCUCUUUUUGGUUUAACAUCAACAGGAAAAUCAACAAUGCUUAAUAACCUAAUUGGUGAAAAAAAAGCUGCAAUUGGUAUUGGUGAAACAACUUUAACAAUAAAAUCUUAUCCUACGAAAGAUUUUAUUCUUUGGGAUAUUCCUGGUCGAAAUGAUGAAUUAUCAUAUAUGAGUCUGGAAUAUAUAUCAUUCUUCAAAGGAUUAACACGACGUCUUAUUCUUAUUCAUUGUACAAUCAAAGAAAAUUCUGGUAUGAUGAAAUUUUUAGAUGCAAUUGAACUAAAUUAUGAUAUUGUUGUUAAUAAAAUGGAUCGCAUCGAAGAAGAAGAACGAACAGAAUUUUGUGAACAAAUACGAAAAGAAAUCGAGAAAAUUGGAUUGAAAGGUGUAGGUCAUGUAUUUUUUGUUAGCGCAAAAUAUCCUCGACAAUUUCCUGACUGGCUUGAUAUGGUCAACUAUUUAAAAAAUUCUUAA